GUGCUGAGCCGGCACAUUGUAUGCAUUUAAAUAUUGUGAAGUUGAUAAAAUUGAAGCACUCCAGUUAUUACAUUGACGGCAUCAAUAUGUCGUUGUCAAUAGUGGCUUUGCUCCUUGCCGGAGUCGCCACCGCUGAUCACAACAAUGCCUGGAACACCCAGAAUGAGUAUCACUACAACCUGGAGAGUAGAAGUCUCGGGGGUCUUCCAGAGGUUUCAGAUCAAUACUCUGGAAUCCUACUGCGAGGAGUCCUGAAAAUACAACCCAAGAACGAGAAGACGCUUCUUGCAAAACUUUCUAAGGUUGAAAUCUCUCCAAUCCAUACCCAACUGCCCUACGGUUGGGAUUCGGAGAUUCCUGAAAGUGCCCUGGAGCGUACGCCCUUGAUCACUUCCGGCAAACCCUUCACGAUCAAGUUGGAGACCGGAAUCAUCAAGGAGUUGAUCUUUGACAAGGAUGUUCCCACUUGGGAGGUCAACCUUCACAAGAGUGCUCUUAGCCAAUUGCAGAUUGAUACGCAGGGUGAAAACAUGAUCCCAUCCAAAAGUAAUCAACCCCCUUCUGAUGAGAAGAGCAGUAACGCUAUGUUCAAGGCCAUGGAGGACUCUAUUGGAGGCAACUGUGAGGUUCUUUACGAUAUCAAUCCACUUCCUAAACCACUGGCAGAACAGAGGCUUUACCAUCUACCUGGUAAACAGUUCAGAUCAGCAGGCGAAAUGUUUGAGAUCAUGAAAACUAAGGAUUAUGAAAAGUGUGAACAACGGGUAGCUGUGCACUUUGGAAUCCCAGGAAGCUUCGAUUUCGAACCUGCUAGCACUAAAGAUGGAGAUUUCUUGUCCAAAUCUUCAAUUAGUGAAGUAAUACUCACCGGAAACCUCAAGACUUUCACUGUUCACUCAUCAGUGACAACUGAAAAAGUCCUCCUGAGUCCAAACCUACACGAUAGUAAGAGCGGAGUUGUUGCCAGCAAAGUGAACUUGACUCUGUCUUUAGUACGUCCAAUGUCAAACCCCUGGCCAAGCCCAUUAAACUCCGAAUCUGUUGGAAAUCUCGUUUAUACCUACGAGCAACCGUUCUCCCCAGAAGGAGAAGAUCGUAAUCUAGGAGAGUCAACUAUGAACCAGAGUUGGAAGAACCAAGAACUCGAAGGUGAAAACAACAGCGAGGAGAAGCCCCACGAACAUCAUUUCGAUGACUCUAGUUCUUCUGAAGAGUCAGAAAACAAUGGACCUCAUCGUAAGGAGUUAUAUGUCGAGAAGAAAUACUAUUUGCAGCCCAAACCGACAUUAAACGAGCCUCCCCAGUAUCCGAUCCUUCCUCUCUUCAUUGGGAACAAAGGAAAGGUUCUGAGAGGUUCUGAUAAUAAGGAACUUGUCAACAAGGCUAAAAAGCUCGCUAGUGAAAUCGGGCGCGAUGUGGAGGACCCGAACUCCAUUCCCCAGGAGCAAACACUUGAGAAAUUCACUACUCUCAUCGCCGUUCUGAGGACCAUGAACACUCAGCAGCUGAUGGAGGUUCAGAAGGAGCUUCAUCAAAUUUCUAAGGAUCCUGAUGAAGAUGACGAAGAACAGAAGACCAAGAACAACGCCUGGAAGGCGUUCAGAGAUGCCGUAGCCAGUGCCGGCACUGGUCCUGCUCUUGUCCUGGUGACUAAGAUGAUUAAAGAGAAGAAACUCGAUGCACUUGAGAUCAUGAAUGUUGUGUCUACUCUCCCCAAGACUGCUAAGGAACCUACACCUGAAUACGUCAAUGCCUUCUUCAAAUUGGCGGGCGAGCUGGAGUCCCGAAGAGAGGACGACCCGAAGGGAGCAUCAACCCAAGAAGCUUUGAAAAACGACGCCAUUUCCACCUCCGCGAUCCUUGCUUUCACCGAAUUACUACGUUAUGUACAAGUCAACCAUCGCACUGCUCAUAAUCGUUACCCGGUCCAUGCUUUUGGAAGCUUUAGUCCGAAUACGAAUGAUGCUCUAUUCCGCGAUUACUUGCCGUACCUGGUUGAGAAGUUGGAGCAGGGAAUUGAGGAAAAUACUGCCCGUGCAACGGUAUACAUCCGAGCUCUUGGAAACGUAGCUCACCCCAAGAUCAUUGCCGUUUUCGAACCUUAUUUGGAAGGGAAGAAACUGUCGACUGUUCUCCAGAGACAGAUGAUGCUCAUUGCUUUGGAUAAAUUGAUUAAUCAUUAUCCGAAGGCUGUUCAAGGGCUCACCUACAGAAUUUACCAAAACACUGGAGAAUCAUUCAAAGUUCGGGCUCUUGCCGUCUACUUGCUGUUGAAGACUAAGCCUAAUCUAGCAAUGCUUCAACGUGUAGCUCAGUUCACCAACUACGACGUUAGCAAGCAUGUAAACGGAAUCGUUAAAUCCUUCAUCGAAAAUUGUGCAGAACUAGAUCACAAAGAAUACGAGGAGUUAGCUCGUGAUGCACGCAUGGCCAGUGCCUUCCUGACACCUGAGAAUUACGGCGGGGAGUACUCGGCGGGACAUAUUAUAGACAACUACCUGAAAGAACUCAACAUCCACUACAUUGCAGAGGUUGGUUGGAUUUAUGGCGAAGACAGCGCCAUGCCUCAGGGAAUCUACACGAGCUUCAAUACCAUCUAUGGUGGUUUCAAAGUACCCCAGGAUGAGACUGGUAUAAUGGUCUCCAGUGUGAAGGACUUCUACAAAACCCUGAAGCACCUGUUGAAGAAUGUGUUGGGAGAGAAGAAUGAUCAGGUUGAGUCGAAGACGGCAGAGACUGCAUCUGAGGCGAUUGUAGAGAUGCUUGAUAUUGAGGGAAAAAAGAAGGAUAAAUUCGAAUUUUAUUUCCUAUCAAGGGACAAAUAUAGCAGUUCUUACUUUGUGAUUGGCGAGGAUAUGCUCCACCCCAUUCCUAAAGAAUAUAUUAAGAAGGCUGCUGAAUCUUUGAAAGCCGGCAAAAAUUUUGACCUGAUGAGUCUCCAAAAUUUCGAAGUCACAGUUGGUCUACCAACAGCCACAGGUCUGCCCUUCACUUUUGACUUCCAGAUCCCUCGUCUCCGCAAGCUCUCCGGAAAAGUCCAGGCGACCACCAGUCCAGACAUUUCCCAAGAAUCUACCGCUGGUCCCGAGAAGGUAAACACUGCCACAGACAUUCGUGCUGUUUUCUCCCAAAAGGUCCAAUCUCGCUUCCGUUUCGUGACACCCUUUGACGGUCAGCAGUAUGUCACUGGAAUCGAUAAGAAUCUCCAAUUCCACCUUCCAAUGAGCAUCCAGGCUAACUAUGAUAUCUCUAAGAAUCAGUUAAGCGUUAAGAUCGCGUCCCUGAACAAGAACGAACAAUCCAAAUUAUUCCACUUCAGCACUGUACCCUUCACCUCUCUUUGUGACGUUGAAGAUUUUAAGCCACUUUCCUCCGAGGAUCAUUCAGGCAAGUCGGUCAUGAAUCGGGAUGUCGAAGACUCUACAAAUGUCGUUGGCAAGAAAACAAGAGGAAUGCUGUUCAAGAUCACGGAAUCUAAACCUGAUGGAUCUCCCAGUGCUUUGGAGAAGAUCAUCGACCCAGAGAUCGAAUUGGAACACAUCAUGUUCCCAUUGGCAAAAAAAGAAGUCGAGUACUACAAGAUUGAGGUUCUCGACGUUCCCAGCCCCUCAAGCAAGCAGGAAAUCGACCUCGUAAUCGGCUGGGACAGUAUGUUGAAGAACAAGCCAACAGACAGCCAAUUAUCCAAAGAUUCUCAUCGGUGGUCUUCGAAUCCAGAAGUGAUCGAGCCAUCAGAUAAAAAGCCAGGUAGUCUAUCCAGAAAGAAGCAGAUGAUGCAGGAGGCACUCAAGGACCUCCCAGUUGCUGAUGCUGCAGCUGUCGACUUUGCCGUCGAAUUGCCAGGAGAAGAGGCUAAGACUUAUCUCAUGACAACAGCUGUUGCUAAAAGCAAGGUUGACGGAAAGUUCAAGGCACUGGUAUAUGUUCGUACUGAUGACGUUGCUACUCGUUCUAGGCCUUUCGAGGCUUGCGCUACGGUCCACGGAUCAAGCCCUCGUCUACCUCCAUUCGAAGCCAACAAAAUCAAGAGAGAGGAACUCAAGAGAAGUUUGGAUAUCAGAAUAAGCGUUGGAAACAGCUGUAAAUCUGGAACAAAGAGUGAUUUACAUGCUCGCCAGUGGCAGAGUUCUGAGUUCCGGGAAUUCGUUGAAAAGGACAAGAAGAUGUAUGAGGCUUGGGGAGUACCGAUAACUUUCAUGGAUAAAGCUAGCUUAGUUGUCCAUGAAUCUAAAAGCGAUGUUGAAGAUCAAUGGAUGAAUCAUCCUAAGAACACUAAGCGUUUAGAUCUAUCCAAAAAUAAAGCCCUCAACAAAUUCAUGGCUAAUCAUGACAGUGAUUCAAAUUCUGAGGAUGAGGCAUACGUUAGGCUUGAUGUCGACGUCAAGCCUAACACUAAGAAGGCUAGAUUCGACCUCACAGCGCCAAUGAUGGAUUUCGAUUAUAAGUAUGAAAACGAGCUGCCCUGGUCCAUGGUUCCACUGUUGUCUGCUCAGGGUGAGGAAACUUACGAAGACAGGGACCUCAAGGCAAUUGGAAAUCGAGAAUCUACCCACAGACUUUCAUCUCCUGAAGGUGUUUGUGUACUCGAGAAGGACUAUGUGAACACUUUCGAUGGUGCUGAAUACCCCCUGAACAUGAAUCAGUGCUGGUAUCUAGCAGUGACAUCAGCCCCCGAGAAGGAAUCAAAGGUCUCCAAGCCUGCAAUUCGAUCGGAUAAACAGGCUAGCAUCACCAUUCGCAAAGAUGAAUCAGAUGAGUUGAAACGGCAGAUCUCUCUGUCUCUGGGACACGAAGAGAUCCAAUUGAGCAAACCCGACUCAGAAGUUCAGGUCAAACUGAACCGUAAAUUGGUUGACCUAUCCAGCGGAGUUUAUUUCGAUAAGGAAGGAGAGGAGGAUGAGCUUGAAAUAAUUAAAUUGUCCGAUGAAGCUGUUCGCGUCAAGAGCAAGAAGUUCGGGCUCAAGAUCACGUUCGAUGGACAUCGUGCACAGAUCAAGGUUGACGACAAAUAUCGCGACUCAGUCCGUGGUCUCUGCGGAAACUUCGACAGUGAGCCGUCAAACGACUUUUUGACCCCCCGCAAUCGACUGAGCUCAAAACCGCAGGACUUCACCUCUCUCUACAUUCUCCCAGUCAAGGAAUGCCAGUCAACCUCCAAGAACCUUCGCGAAGCGGAGAAAUCACUUCCCCUUGACAAACCCCGACUCAACAAUGUCGUGAGUGAUCGUGAAGCGGGCCGUACCACCCACCAAGGAAAGUGGGGAUCAUCUGACACACCGAGUGUGAGAGACAACAGAAAACACAAUACCAUUGUUAGAACGAAAAUCUUCCCUACUGAUGGCAAGACCUGCUUCUCCCUCAGACCACUACCCACUUGCGCCCCAGGAGCUUUACCAGCACGUGUCAAGAGCGUACUGUUCCCCGUCUACUGUCUGCCUAAUGGAGAAUCAGCUAAGCGUCUGUCAGAUCGCAUUCAUAGAGGUGCUAAUCCCGAUCUGAGCCAGAAGUCACCUUCGAUGAAGGUGAAGCUCGAAAUUGCUGAGCAUUGCUCCCCGGCAGCUUAAUCCCGUUGAUUAUAUUAAGACGUACAAUUGUCCCAGGAUACGAAUAGUUAAUCGCUCAAUCCAUUAUUCAAUUUGUAAGAAGCAACAGAGAUUUAGGUUUUUAGGUAGUAAAUAAGUGAUCAUCUGCUUCCGUGAUUUUCUCUUGUGAGAAGAAAUCAAUAAAAUUAUUCAUCACCACUAUUUGCAAACUGAAUAGGCCUUGUGUUAUUAUUGUGAAUUCAUCUUCAUGUAUGGGAUCUCAUAGAUAUUGAUGUUUUGCAAUCGAGUGAUUCCGAAGGCACGGGCUAUUGGUACACUUGAUAUUCAAUUUCAUAUCAAUUAGAGCACAAAUAGAUUGGACAGUAUAGUGGAGAGGCUCUGGUUUCAAAUAGAUUGAUGACAUUCAACUGUUAGUAGUUUAAAGAGAGAUUCACCUGAAAAUUAAAUGUCUGUGGUGGGUGAAUGCGCCUUUCAGGCGAUCUUUGAUAUAAGAUGGGACAUUUAAAAAAGUAGGAAACAUGUCGAGUUCAAGCGAUUUUGCCUUAUUUUUGAUGAUAAAAACUUAAUUUUUCAGAUUUAACCUUAAAUACACUCCAUCGACCACAAUUUUCACCCAAUUCAAUCUUUCAUUUUUAUUGAGUAUCAGUUUCUUCAAGUUUGAAUAGAUGAUAACAAAAUCAA